AUGGCCGCGCAGCCCAGGCCCCCCUGGACUGGCCGGCUGCGGCGCCUGGCCCGGGCCUGCUGGUCGGCGCUCUGGGACUACGAGACGCCCAAGGUGAUCGUGGUGAAGAACCGGCAGUUGGGCGUCGUGUACCGGGCGGUGCAGCUCCUGAUCCUGCUCUACUUCGUUUGGUACGUGUUCAUCGUACAGAAGAGCUACCAGGACUGGGAGACAGGUCCUGAGAGUUUCAUCAUAACCAAGGUCAAGGGCAUCAGCAUUUCAGAGCAGAGAGUGUGGAAUGUGGAGGAGUAUGUGAAACCCCCUGAGGGAGGCAGCGUGUUCAGCGUCAUCACCAGGACGGAGGAGACCCCUUCCCAGACUCUGGCAACUUGCCCUGAGAGCGUGAGGGUCAAAAAUGCCAGGUGCACCUCAGAUGAGGACUGCGUGGCCGGGGAGCUGGACAUGCUGGGAAACGGGCUGCGGACUGGACGCUGCGUGCCCUAUUACUACGGGUCCGCAAAGACCUGUGAGGUGUAUGCCUGGUGCCCGGUGGAGGACGGUGCUUCUGUCAGCCACUUCCUGGGCGAGAUGGCCCCCAACUUCACCAUCUUCAUCAAAAACACCAUCCACUAUCCUAAGUUCCGCUUCACCAAGGGCAACAUCGCCAACAAGAGGGACGAUUAUCUGAAGCACUGCACCUUUGAUGAGGUCUCGGACCCCUACUGUCCCAUCUUCAAGCUGGGCUUCAUUGUGGAGAAGGCCAGGGAGAACUUCACGGAGCUGGCACACAAGGGUGGGGUCAUUGGUGUCAUCAUCAACUGGGACUGUGACCUGGACCUGUCGGCAUCCAAGUGCAACCCCCACUACACCUUCCAGCGGCUCGACCCCAAGCAUGCCCGCGCCUCCUCGGGCUACAACUUCAGGUUUGCCAAGUACUACAACGUGAAUGGCACCUCCACCCGUACACUCAUCAAGGCCUAUGGGAUACGCAUUGACGUGAUUGUGCAUGGACAGGCAGGGAAGUUCAGCCUGAUCCCCACCAUCAUCAACCUGGUGACGGCGCUGACGUCCAUCGGGGUGGGCUCCUUCCUGUGUGACUGGAUCCUCCUCACCUUCAUGAACAAGAACAAGGUGUACAGCCACAAGAAGUUCGACAAGAUGGUGUCUGGUCGCGACCUGACUGUGGGACAAGGGCUUUCUGCCUCCAAGCCUCCCCAACAGGACUCCAUGCCUGUGGACCCCAAGGGCCUGGCCCAACUCUGA